CUGUGACCCGCUGCCCGUGACACGGACACUCGCGCUCACUCAGCACGACACGGGACGAGCUUCUCCUCUCCGCCGCUGACCGUGUGCUGUUGUCGUUAUCGGGGAGGAAGGACGCUUGCCUGCUUGGAGACGCCGGGGACCCGUGCACGGAUGCAUCAUGUCUUCGUUUGUGUGCCGGGUUCAGUUUCUAGACGACACGGAUCCGUUCAACAGCACCAAUUUCCCGGAACCGACCCGAGCUCCUCUCUACACCUUCAGAGAAGAUAUUCCUCUGAUAAACCAGCUCGCAGGGGUCCACCGACUCCUCAAAGCCCCUCACAAGCUUGAUGACUGUGCUCUGCAGCUCUCUCACACCGGUGUGUAUCUGGAUCUGGAGUCGACACUAGACGAGCAGAGAGAUGAACUCGAGGGAUUUCUGCAGGACGACUGCGCAGGGAGGGGAAAGAAGCACAGUGUGAUUUUACGCACUCAGCUGAGCGUUCGUGUUCACGCAUGUAUCGAGAAGCUGUAUAACUCAAAUGGCCGUGACCUGAGGAGGGCGCUGUUUUCCCUCAAGCAGAUAUUCCAGGACGAUAAGGAUCUGGUUCAUGAGUUCGUUAUGGCUGAAGGUCUGACGUGUUUGAUUAAGGUCGGCGCUGAAGCGGAUCAGAACUAUCAGAACUACAUCCUCAGAGCUCUGGGUCAGAUCAUGCUGUAUGUGGAUGGGAUGAACGGGGUCAUAGGUCACACCGAGACCAUCCAGUGGCUCUACCUGCUCACCGGCUCAAAGUUUCGUCUGGUGGUGAAAACCUCUCUGAAGCUGCUGCUGGUGUUCGUUGAGUAUUCAGAGUCCAAUGCACCGCUGCUCAUCCAGGCCAUCGACACAGUGGACACUAAGAGAGGCUGUAAGCAGUGGUCAAACGCUAUGGAGAUUUUAGCAGAGAAGGAUGGUGUGGACACAGAGCUGCUGGUGUAUGUGAUGACCCUCAUUAACAAGACGCUGGCGGCGCUGCCCGAUCAGGACUCGUUCUAUGAUACAGUGGAUGUUCUGGAGGAGCAGGGAAUAGAGAGCGUGUCGCAGCGUUAUCUGGGUCGGAAGGGAACUGAUCUGGACCUGCUGGAGCAGCUCAACAUCUAUGAGGCCACUCUUCGGCAUGAGGACGGCGAUGAGGACGCUUUGCCUCCAUCCUCCGGCCGGCGGGACAGACGCCACUCCAGCGUAGGCGGAGCAGAGAGGCGGGGCUUGGAGAGACGACGCAGCCGCAGGCAUUCAUUGGGCAGAACAGGCCACGCCUCCCCACACCGUGCAAACUCCCAGUCGUUUAACGGACAGGAACUCGACGAGAGCACAUCAGAUCACCGCAGCAAACACACACCUGAGGAGGGGGAGGAGCAGAGGAAGGCCACAGAGGCCCCGCCCCCUCCUGACUCCGCCCAGCCAUCGCUCCUAGCCAAUCUGCUGGCACACCACCGCUCAUCCGUCAGCGUGCCACCGUCCAAUGAGAUCAGCCCUCCGCUGCGAGGCUCCGCCCACCUGCCGUACCUGCCACACUCUCCCUUCUUCCUGUUCUCCUACGAUCUGGAGAAGCAGGAGGAGAGCGCGGCUCAGAAGAGCAGCAGGGCAUUUUCUGCUGUAAGUUCUUCAUCCACACCAAACAAACAACACAGUGACAGGCCUGCUCUGGGCGGCCUGCUGUCGUCCUCGUACCGUCAGCAUCAGGAGUCUCUGGCGGCAGAGAGAGAGAGACGACGUGUGGAGCGAGAGGAGCGACUGCAGCGCAUCGAGAGAGAGGAGCGCAAUCGACACAGUCGGGACUAUGUGUCCAACAUGGAGGAGGCCAGACACGCUCGAGAGGAGAGGUUUCGGACGGCCGAGCGACUGGCGGUGGAGGAGUUCGAGCGAGAGCGAAUGCAUUCAGCGGCUCGAGGUCUCAGCCUCACUCUGAGCCCGACAGACACCUGUCAAUCAUCCUGCAGUGCCACGCCCUCCUCUGUGACAUCACCGGACGAGCAGGACACGCCCAUCACAUCGUACCCGCCCUCUGAACCAGACACUACUGAUCUAGAACCAGACGUGGAGGCCAAUCUAGAACCCGAGGAGACGGACGCAGAAGCCAGAGAGGAACAGGAAGAGGAAGUUGAGGAGAUACGUGCUGAACAGGAAGUGGGCGGAGCCGAGGAGCGGGCGGAGGAGGAAGAGGAGGGGUCUGAACAGGAAACGGUGGAUGGAGAAGCAGAGGACAGUGGGAUCUUGAGUGAUAAAGAACGACAGAACGAAGAGGUGAACGAGAAGGACAACUGCUCCGCCUCCAGUAUAUCGUCAGCGAGCAGCACACUGGAGAGAGAGGAGACGGGUCAGUGGUCAGCUCCGAGCGUCACAGACGUCAACGUGAGUGAACAACGAAACAAGAUCCUCAACAGCAAACUCUUCAUGCUGGACAUGCUCUACUCUCAGAGCAAGAGACCCUCGGAGGAAGACGAGGAUGAAGACGAGCUGGCCGAGGACAAGGAGCGAGACGCGAAAGAAAAGGCUGAGGAUUCGUCGCAGGACGUGACGGCACAGGAAGAGAUCUCCACUAAGAGUGAAGGAGACGAGAAAGUGGAGAACCAGAGCAAUGUGCGGGCGUUCGCCGAGCGCUUCGGUGACGUAGUGAAGGGUCUCACCUCUCCACCAAUAGAAACGCAUGAACCUCCUCCUCCACCGCCGCCUCCGAAGAAAGAGUCGGACUGCAUCUGGGACCAGCUGAUGGCGAGUCCACGGGAACUGCGCAUCGGCGACAUCGACUUCACCGAUCUGGGAGACGAGGAUGACGAGGAUGCACUGGACUCUGGGAGUUUAUAUAACUCUGGCAAUCUGCUGGCUCCGCCCCCUCCACCACCGCCCUGCCCCUUUAACCUCCCAGCCCCGCCCCCUAUGUUCGGCUGCCCUCCGCCCCCUCCCAUGUUCAGCAUCCGCGUGCCUCCGCCCCCUCCCUGCUUCUCCAUCCAGGCUCCGCCCCCUCCACAGCAGGAGGCGGAGCAACCUCCACUCUUCCAGAAGAGGAAGAAGACCAUCCGCUUGUUUUGGAGUGAAGUCCGGCCCGCCGACUGGAUUUACCGCAAUCACAAACGCAGCCAAGAGUCGCUCUGGUCCAGACUUGAACCUGUCAAAGUUGACACAGCUAAACUCGAACACCUGUUUGAAAGCAAAUCCAAAGAGAUGCCCGUAACUAAGAAAGUGGCAGCGGAUGGGAAGCGGCAGGAGAUCAUCAUUCUGGACUCCAAACGCAGCAACUCCAUCAACAUCGGUCUGACGGUCCUUCCACCGCCGCGCACCAUCAAAACCGCCAUACUGAGCUUUGACGAGUACGCGCUCAACAAAGAGGGCAUCGAGAAAAUCCUGACGAUGAUUCCCACAGAGGAAGAGACGCAGAAGAUCCAGGAGGCUCAGCUGAUGAAUCCUGACAUUCCUCUGGGCAGCGCGGAGCAGUUCCUGCUGACCCUGUCCUCCAUCAGCGAGCUCUCAGCGCGCCUGCAGCUCUGGGCCUUCAAACUCGACUAUGAAGCCAGCGAGAAGGAAGUAGCAGAGCCUCUACAGGACCUGAAGGAGGGCAUGGAUCAGCUGGAGAAGAACAAGACGCUGCGCUUCAUCUUAUCGACUCUGCUGGCGAUCGGAAACUUCCUGAACGGCUCCAACGCCAAAGGCUUCGAUCUGACGUAUCUGGAGAAGGUUCCUGAGGUGAAGGACACGGUUCAUAAGCAGUCUCUCCUGCAUCACGUCUGCAGUAUCGUGGUGGAGAACUUCCCCGACAGCACAGACCUGUACUCGGAGAUCGGCGCCAUCACACGCUCCGCGAAGGUGGACUUCGAUCAGCUGCAGGAGACUCUGACUCAGAUGGAGUGGCGCUGCAAAGCAUCAUGGGAUCACCUGAAAGUCAUCGCGAAGCACGAGAUGAAGCCGGCGCUGAAGCAGAAGAUGUCAGACUUCCUGAAGGACUGCGCCGAGAGAAUCAUCAUCCUCAAAACUGUCCACCGCAGGAUCAUGAACAGGUUUCACUCGUUCCUGCUGUUCCUGGGUCAGCCGGUGUACAGUGUUCGUGACAUCAGCGUGACUCGGUUCAGUAAACUGCUCAGUGAGUUUGCUCUGGAGUAUCGCACCACACGAGAGCGUGUCCUCCAGCAGAGACAGAAGCGCGCCGAUCACAGAGAGAGAAACAAGACGAGAGGGAAGAUGAUCACAGACAUCAGCACACCGACAGAUGAUGAAGAGGAAAGUGAGACGGGUCGUGUGUGUGUGAGCAGCAUCAGCACCGCUCCAGCUGUCGGGCCGCACACAGAGACACAUACGCUGGGUUUGUGUCAAGCUGAGGACGCAGCCGAACACGAGCAGAUGAAAGCCGUGCUGAAGAGCAGCCAGCAGAGAGACAGAGAGAGAGACAGCACCGGGAUAACAGGCCUGAGGACGCGCACGCGCACACGCGCCAGCAGAGGCCGCAGUGCUUGGGCCGCAGGGACUGAAGAGUCUCAGUGUGUGACGGACGACGCUGCAGACGAGAUCAUGGAGAGAAUCGUUCGCUCCGCCACACAGAGUCCCAGAGAACGAGCGCAGCCCCGCGAACGACGCCGCUCACGCGCAAACCGCAAGUCAUUGAGGAGGACUCUGAAGGGUGGUCUGACCGCAGAAGAAGCUCAAGCGCUGGGUUUGGACGCCUCAGAGAUGCCGGUGUGAACGGGACGUCCCGUCCGCUUUCGCCUUCAGCAGAACUCAUCUCAGGACAACAGAAUCACCAAGAGACCACAGUAAACAUGUUUUAGAUCGUGAUACGGCUGCAGAAGUGCUUCACACAUCACACAUACAGCACAGCUCCGCCUCCACUGUGUGUUUGAUUCUAAGCCACGCCCCCUCAUUACAUACACACCUCACCAGCCAAUCACAGGCUGCCACUGUGAUGAUGUAAAACCCCUUUACAGAUUGUGUUCAGGUAAAGGAAAGCUAAGAAUAUAGAAUCUUUUCAUUAUUUCUACUGAAAGCUCAUGGUGAAAUGUGGCUUUAAAUGUGGGAUCUCUCGAUUCACUUCAGUCGGAUCAGUGAAACCGUGCUCUGAUAGUUUGGAUUAUUUAUUGUAAGAUGUACAACAUGAAGGUACCGCUUUAUAGAAAUCAUUAAAUGUGUUUAUUUGUUACAAUGCUGGUCUUUGGAUCUUUAUAUUCAUUAAAGAGUCCUGAAAAUUACUCUAAAAAUCAUCAUAUUUUCAUGACUUCUGAUUUUAUAAAUAAAUGACUCCGGUCCAGAUGGGUUCAGAAUAUGAAAACAGAUUUUGAAUGCAUUAUGAAGGUUAAUAAUGAAAUCACACUCUGCAAUAAAAUCCUUUCUGAAAUAAAACCGCUGGCAGUGUUUGAUUGGAGAGUAAUAAAUAAACUGAUCAUGUUUAACCACA